CAUUCAAAAUGACUCACUGACUCUCAGGACACUCGAAGUCUUAAAACACAGUUUGAGUAUCCCUCAACCUUCAACAGCAUUAUAUUAAUUGUGAGAGAUCAACUUCAGAGAGAAAUUAUCUAGAAGAAGUUCACACUGAGGAAAUCUACCGUGUUCAGUUCAAGGACGAUGCCCCCUUUGCUGUAUAAAGAUGCGUUCUGGGGGUCUGAUUUCACUUGUCACGCCGGGUAUGACACUGUGAUCCAAAGGUUACGAGAUGGAAGAGAAAUGUGCAAAGACAUGGAGGAGCUCUUAAAGAUGAGGGCACUAGCAGAGGAGAAGUAUGGGAAGGACCUGGUGACUAUUGCUCGCAAAGCAGGAGGCAACACAGAGAUCAGCACCUUGAAAGCAUCCUUUGAAAUAUUAAAAACACAAAUCGAGAACAUCGGUACCUUUCACAUCCAACUAUCUGAUUUAUUAAAAGAGGAGGUGAAAAAGAUUGAGACAUUCAGAGAACGGCAGAAAGAGCAGAGGAAGAAGUUUCAAAGCAUCAUGGAGAAGGUUCAGAAGAAAAAGGUUGCUAUGUACAAGAGGACCAUGGAGUCUAAGAAGACCUACGAAGUGAGAUGCAGAGAGGCAGACGAGGCAGAACACGGGGCUGAGAAGAUAACCGUUGCAUCCAAAAACUCAGAAAAGGGACGUCAGAGAGCCAAACAAUGCAGACAGGCGGCCAAGGAAGCAGAGAAACUUUACUCAACCAAUAUUGUUCAGCUAGAGAGUGUUCGCCAGGACUGGGAGGAAACACACAAAAGCACAUGUGAGGUGUUCCAGCAGCUGGAAGGAAAUCGCAUCAGCAUGCUCAGGUGUGCUCUCUGGGACCACUGCAAUCACUUCUCCAUGCAGUGUGUCAAAGAUGAUGAGUUUUACGAGGAGGUGAGGAAGCUACUGGAGUUUUGUGACAUCACCACAGACAACAACUACUUCAUAGGGAUGAAAAGCACCGGAACGCGGCCUCCAGAGCCCAUAUUGUUUGAAAGCUACUACCAGACACAGAAGUCAGGAGACAGCAAUGGCCAAGCUCACUUCGCAGGAGGAGAAGAAGACAUGAUGAUGAGGUGCUCUGAUCCUCUGCUCGGGAGUUCUGUGAACAUCAGGUUCGACAAUCUUGAAAACCCACAUUCAGCACCGGCACCUUUCGGUGGGGCUGUGGAAUCAGACGGAGGAUAUGCAGAGCUGCCAGGCCUCCUGGGUGCAGCAUCGUUGCCAACAGUCCCAGCUGAUGACGACACAUGCUACAUUGUGCUUCAUGAAUAUGUAGCAACGGAAGAGGAUGAAUUGUCUGUUAGUAGAGGGGAACUGAUCCGAGUGUUGGAACAAGGAGAAGAUGGCUGGUGGACAGCAGAGAAGAACGGGAAGACUGGAAUGGUGCCAGGAAACCAUCUGGGCAAAAGCUGAACCCAAACAAACAAACAAACAAACAAACACAAACAAGAGCAUGCAGCCAAACACACACAGGCCAAUUACAACCAAACAUACAGUGUCACAGCAAAACUCUUUUGCAACGUCAAAAAAACAUGAAAAUAGACACAACAACAGACACACACACAGAAACACAUACAAAGCUUCCUAAAUGAGCGCUGAUGCCCAAAAUACUGUUCUUGUCACUUGCUGAAUAUUAACUUAACACCUAUAGGCCUACUGUAGCAUCAUGUUGUAGGUAGUAGGGCUACUUAAGUGAUUUGUCUUCACAAUCCCUUGCUCAGCUCUGAAGAAGUAUUGACUGAUGAGUGUAACUAUUAUUUAUUUAAGAUUAGGCAUAAGAGUAUACAACAUUGUAACCAUGAUACCUCAUGUGCUGUUGAUCCAGGUCUGUAUGCUCUCUGUGCACAGUGCGUGUCAUAAAAUCAGGUCUUGAAAUCUUGUAUGAAACCUUUUUAGCUUCGAAAGACAUUGCUCUGUGUCAUAUUUUCAACGUGAGUCUGAAGCACUAACAACAACUAGUUGCCAAUAGGAAAAAACAAUGAUUGUGCCAACCAAACUCUACAUGCAAUAAUAAUACCAUUGUUUUAUAUUCUUGGAUCAACAAUCUGAGCUGUGAUCAUUUUCAAAUGAUGUAAACAGAGAUCAAUUAAUUUCAUAUUUCUAUCUGAUGCAUGUGAGUUACAAAUAAAUGACGUCAAGUGCA